UCAAUGAGUAUUGCAUAAUUCCAAGACAGAUAAAGAAUAGGAUGGAGUAGAACUAGAAAAUGGAUGUUUUAUGCUGGAUUAAUUCUUAUAGGAGUUGAAAUAUAAGGAAACUAUUGGAACACUGAUAUUCUAUAUACAUUUAACUAAACUCCUUAAAAUUUGGAUAUUAUUUAAAAAUGCCCAACUUUAAGAUAAGUAGAGAUUACAAUAUUUUAUUUAGGGUGUUUAUAAACCAACAAUUUAUUUAUAAACAGCCUUUCUAUAGAGUUUAUAUGGAAGUAAAUUUGAUCCUGUACCAUAUGUACCAAUGACUCGAGUUGAAGUACCCGUAGAAAAUGGAUUAAUUACAAUAGAUUCUCUGCCUGUUAAUCAAAAAUUUUUGAGAUCUGAUAAAAGUGAGAAUCCAAAAUAAAAAACUUUAAUAAUAUUACAUGGAUUGACUGGAGCUAGUGAAUGUAAUUACAUUAGACAUACAGUAUUAAAUGCAAAUCGUAAAGGAUUUAGAGUUUAUUGUAUAAAUAUGAGAGGGUAUGCAAAUUCAAGAAUGAUAUCAGCAUAGCCUACUGAUUAUUCUAAAUUAGAUGAUUUAUUGGCUGGAGUAAAUUAUAUUAAAUCUUAAAACCCAGAUGCUCCUCUAUAUAUGUUAGGAUUUUCAAUGGGUUCUUUGCAACUUGUGAAAUUUCUAGCAACAUAUAAGGAUGUUAUCAAAGGAGCUGUUGCAAUUAGUUGUCCAUGGGAUAUUUAUACUCUAGCUUAAGAAAUCAAGAAACCAACUAAAUUUAUUUAUAAUAUGGCUAUUACAAAAAAUUUUAUUCGGAAUAUGAAAUGGAAUAUUGAUAUAUAUAAGAUGUAAGGCAUUGAUGUAGGUAUAUUGAUUUGAUAAUUUUUAUAAUUUAGAUUAGGCUUAGAAAUGUUAUAGAACUGAAGAUUUUGAUGAAUUAGUAACAAAAAGAUUGUUGGGUUAUGAAAACAUUUAAGAUUUAUAUAAGAAAAUAAAUUGUGUUAAAGAAAUUGAAUAAAUAGAAGUACCUACAUUAUUUGUAUCAUCAAUGAAUGAUCCAGUUAUUUAAUCAUCAAAUAUUCCUAAAGAUGCAAUUUUAAAGAAUAAAAAUCUUAUUUUAGCUUUAACAAAAAAUGGAGGUCAUAUUGAAUGGCUGACUGGAUUUAAAGCAGUUAGAGUAAGAAUAUUAUAAUUUAUUUUAGUGGAUAAAUAAACCAGCUAUAGAAUUUUUAAAUUAUCUGGAUAGUGUAAAUAAUAAAAAUAUUAGUCAUUAUUGA